CUUUCUCGGUCCAAAACGGUGGUUAUGGCGUUUUUUAUUUAUUGUUGUUUUGAUUUAUUACAGGUACUUAGCCCUAUGGAUAAGUAUACGCAUUAUUUCAAGCCAUUAACAACUAAUUGAAUAUGACUGGCGACAAUUUUGUUCUUGAAGAAGGCCAAGAUCUUUGGAUCUUCGGCUAUGGUUCUCUGGUUUGGAAGGUCGAUUUUCCUUACAAGAAGAAAGUCGCCGGCUACAUCAAGGGAUAUGUGCGAAAAUUUUAUCAAGGCAGCUGUGACCACCGUGGAGUUCCAGGAAAGCCAGGGAGAGUGGCAACGCUACUGCCAGAUUCCAAGAGCACAGUUUGGGGUAUUUCCUAUCAAGUUGAUGCUCAAGAUGUACCAAGUGUUCUGAGGUACCUUGAUAUCAGAGAAAAGGAUGGAUACACUGCUGGUUUUACAACGUUCCAUCCAAGUGGUAAUUUAGAAGAGCAAUUUCAGGUGAUGCUUUAUGUUGCUACUCAAGAAAAUGAGUUUUAUCUUGGUCCAGCACCCUUGCCUGAGAUAGCUUAUCAAAUAGCUCACUCUAAAGGUACAAGUGGCAAAAACUCUGAGUACCUCUUAAACCUUGCUGCAGUAAUUGAAAAAAUUACAGAACAUGAUCAUCAGUGUGACAAUCAUCUAUUUGAACUUGAAAAGCUUGUGAAGAAGGAACUGUCUAAGCAAAGAGAAGGCAGAGAUGCUCUAUUGUGAGAAGAUGCAAUGGUGCAAUAUGCUCUCACCUCAAAAUUCUUAUUUUUUUUACACAAUUUCAACCAAUGCUAACCAGUAAGAGAGCACUGUGAUUGCUUCAAAACAGCAAACAAAAUAAAAUUCUAAAUCUCAAAGCUCUAAAAAAAGCUUAAAUUUUAUUCAUUUCACAUCAUACAUAAGGCCUCCAUGUAUGUAUAUCCUACCCUUCUUUGCUUUAGUCUGCAUGGUACAGGGUGUACACAGAUGACACACUUUGCUGAGAAAUAAAAUCACUUUUGCAAUGAAAUUACCUAGAGAAUUUUGAAAGUUGUGUGUUUUGGAAUUUAAAAAUUUCUUGAUUUAAGUGAAAUAUGUAAUUAUUUGUUCUUACCAAGUCUCAUGUUUUAUUAUUUAUAUGCUUCUCUGAAACACUUUACUUAGAAUUAUAUGCAGAUGUUUUACUUGUUUUCCUUUAAGAAAAAAUAUCAUUUCUGUUAUGUACCAUAUAAAAAAAACAUUUAAUUGUUUGAAUGUCCUGAGUGUUUGUACAUCGGGAAGUACAUUAAGAAGUUGUGCCCAAUAAAUGAAGUCAUUGUUUUUUUUUUUGCAAGCUUUUUCUUGUAUUUGUUUAACUUUAUUUUAUGUACAAGCUCAAGUCUGAUAAAUUGUAAAAGGUCUACUUUGUAAUAAACCUUAUAUGGUCUCAUAAAAACUGUAAAAAUGCUUAAUAUGUACUAGAUAAAUGUAAAAGAAA